CCACGCCCACCCAAUGCCUUACAAUGGGGGUCGCCUUGCAGCUGGUACCCAAUGGGAGUCAAGUCAGUCAGGGGCGGAGGAGGAGGAAAGGGGGGGGGGCUGCUCUUUCUCAGGCAGACAGAGAGAGAAGGAGCCCCUUCCCGGACUGCAUUGUUCCUGCAAAGAAGAGGAGGAAGGAGCAUCUCCCCAUCCCACCUGGACCCCCACUUCCCACCUCAGCAGGGAUUCCUUUUAAAAAAAUUGUGAGGACUUCAAUAAACUCUGCAACUUCAGCAGGCAGCCCUAAAGAUCUUUGGAAAACACAGCGGCAGCAUUCUGCAUAGUAACAGUUAAUUCCUUCGUGCUAAAAAUUCCCCUGAACCGCUCCCUGGGCCUUUUGCUGCAGACAGGCUACUGUUAGCCACCUGCUCCGUUUCCAGACUUCUCAAGGGUUAAAAGCAGAAUGUCUUCGUACAAUACUAUGAAAUGGUCACUCCUAUUAAAUGGAGUGCAGCUACUGGCACAUUAAUGGCUCAUAAAUGUGGAUGAAUCUAAUCUAGAACAAAAGUGCACCAAGAUGCCUAGCGAGAGGCUCCAGAGCAACAGUGGGUUAGAGGAGCCUGCAUUCAGGGAAAGCAAGUCCGGGGCCCAAAGCCCCAAUUGCAACUCCUUACGCAGGGCCGUGGCCACUGCUGUGACCUUUGAUGGAGAAGUCACCACUGAGAGACGGAAGAAGAGAAAGAAAGAGUCCCGCCCCGAAUCCAUCAUCGUUUAUCGGUCGGGGAAUGAGAACAAGGUGGAAGAAGAACAGGCGGAUGACGAAGGGGGCGAGAGAAGUUCUGAGGAAGGCUCCAAAUUCCUGGGACAUGCCGCAGGAGACGGUUCCUGGGCUAUGCCUCUAGACAGCAGGUAUGUCACUUUAACUGGGACCAUCACAAGAGGGAAGAAGAAAGGCCAGAUGGUGGACAUCCAUGUUACUCUUACUGACAAAGAGCUACAGGAGCUGGCUAGGUCAAAGGAGCCUCCAAAACCAGAAGCACCCGAAGGGAAAAAAGCUUGUCAGGUUGGCGUGGAUAAAGGCCCUCAUGUCCUCCUCUGGAGCUUUGCCUGUCUCCCAGUCAUCUUUGUCAUGUCCUUUGUGGUUUCCUUUUACUAUGGGACCAUCACUUGGUACAAUGUCUUCCUGGUGUACAAUGAAGAGAGGACCUUUUGGCACAAGAUAACCUUCUGUCCCUUUCUCAUUAUCUUCUACCCAAUCAUCAUCAUGGUGGUUUCCUUCUCCUUGGGCCUCUACACAGCACUGACUCAGAUCUCUUGGGCCUUUGGGGAAUGGUGGCACGCGGUCCGGGAUAUGGAGAAAGGCUUCUGUGGCUGGCUCUGCAGCAAGAUGGGCCUGGAGGAUUGUUCUCCCUACAGCAUUGUGGAGUUACUGGAUUCGGACAACGUCUCUGGUACCAUGUCAGCUAAAGGUUCCACUCAGGGCGAAGAGAUUUCAGCAGUCUGAGUGACACUGGACUGUUCAUGUUCACAAGGGGAGGGACUUGAGGAAGGGCAUACAGAUGUUUGGUUUUGGGUAAUAAAAUCCUCCAAGCCAGCUAGAACGUUCAGGAAGACCACAAAAUUUGAUGGGACCAUUUUCAAAAUACGGAGGGGACCCUGCACUCUUUCCAUUGUGAAAAAAGACCUUUUUAACGAAAGCUAGAGUGUCCAGGGAGAGCUAGUGUGGUUUAGUGGUUGAUCAGAACCCACUGAGUGAUCUUAGGAUAGUUGUAUUCUUGGCCUAAGAGGAAAGCAGUGUAAUCACUUCUAAAUAAUUCUUGCCAAGAAAAAAAAAACUGAUGAUAGAGCUGACAUAAGUCAGUUUACUUGAAGGCACAUAACAAUAACAGCAAGCAUUUCCAGAAGUUGAGCUCUAGCUGAUUGCAUUUUCAAGUACUUGCUGGUGUUCAGCAUGAACAAGUGCAAGGCUUGGCUUCCUGUCAUUUUAGGAGGCAGGUGAAGGGGAGUAUGUUUACAGGAACCAAAUAUCUUCCCACAUAUAUAAAAAAUACUUAUAACUAAGACUAGAGGUCUAAAUGCCCCAAAGUAAUCAGAUCCCGUCUGAUUUUGGAAGCUGAGCAGGUAAGCCCUAGUUAGUACAGUAGAGUCUCACUUAUCCAAGACUUGCUUAUCCAAGGUUCUGGAUUAUCCAAGGCAUUGUUUUCAAUAUAUCAUGAUAUUUUGGUGCUAAAUUCGUAAAUAUGGUAAUUACAAUAUAACAUUACUGCGUAUUGAACUAUUUCUGUCAAAUUUGUUGUAUAACAUGAUGUUUUGGUGCUUAAUUUGUAAAAUCAUAACCUAAUUUGAUGUUUAAUAGGCUUUUCCUUAAUCCCUCCUUAUUAUCCAAGAUAUUCGCUUAUCCAAGGUUCUGCCGGCCCGUUUAGCUUGGAUAAGUGUGACUCUACUGUACUUGGAUGUGAGAUAAGCAAUGAAUAACAGAAUAUUCUGUUAAGAAAAUCCAAUGAUAUCCAUGUGGUCACCAUAAAUCUACAGGUGAAGACACAUAAACACACAAAAAUGUAGGCAGAAGUUUCCUUUUUUGCCAUACCUGUUUUCUGUGUGCAGAUUUUUAUUUUUGGUGUCUUUUUUCUUUAAAAAAUUAAAGAACAUUCAAAAAUUCAA